AUGGGCAGCACGGAGCCAGCGGAACCCGCCUUCUCGGCGCCGCCUGAGGUUGUCGCCUUCGACGGCCUGCUGUUCGACAUGGACGGCACCAUCAUCGAUUCAACCGAUGCCGUGGUCAAGCACUGGCACGCUAUCGGCAAGGAGAUAGGCGUCGACCCCGAGGUCAUCCUGCAGACCUCGCACGGCCGGCGGAGCAUCGACACCCUCCAGAUCAUAGCCCCUGAGAAGGCCACCCCGGAAUAUGUCCAACACAUGGAGAGUCAACUGCCCAAGCUGUACGGCGCCGAUGCCGUCGAGAUCCCCGGCGCGCGGUCCCUCCUGGAAGGCCUGAUCGCGCGCAGCGCACCCUGGACGAUCGUCACCUCGGGCACCGUGCCCCUCGUAACCGGGUGGCUCCAAGUCCUCAACCUACCCACACCAGCACACCUCGUGACGGCCGAGUCGGUCGCGGCCGGCAAGCCCGACCCGGCGUGCUACCGGCUGGGCCGCGAGCGGCUGGGGCUCGCGGGCGCCGACCGGCGCGUGCUCGUGCUCGAGGACAGCCCCGCCGGCAUCCGCGCCGGCAAGGCCGCCGGCUGCGCCGUGCUGGCCGUCGUCACCAGCCACACGGCCGAGCAGGUGCUGGCGGCCGGGCCCGACUGGGUCGUGCGCGACCUCGCGUCCGUGAGGCUGCUGCCCUCCUCGGCGGGGGAGGGGGACGGAGAGGAGGGAGGGAGGGAUGAGGUCAGACUCGAGCUAGACCCGCGCAUCGAAGAAUGCAUGCUAUGUCGUAUAACCAUGGCUCUCUCACCUGCCGCUUCCGUCCCGGCUCCGGUUUCAUUCGCCCUUCAGCUGGUCUCCGAUGUCUCGGUUUCGGUCACCACCGCUGACGCCACUUACAGUCUUCGAGCCCGCACACGGCCGGGCGUGUGUGUCGGGGAUGUCUCGUCCUCCAUCCAGAUACUGUUGGCCUAGCUAGCUCCAGCGCGCAUCAGCCAAGUCCGGGACAGCCUAGCAAAAGGUCCCCGACGAGCCCAACGCAACGCGAGCAAAAGACUGGGGAAGUUCUAGACACGCCGUAGCCCGCAGAGGAGUUCGGCACAUGGCGAUUUGUGGUUGCUGUGGGCCCGGCAAUAUGCGGAGCCGGGCUAGGUCCCAAGUGUCGUGGCGUCAACCACACAUCACCGCCCACCCGCUGGCCUGGACCGGCUGCGCACCGCCGAUGCGUG